CUCCUGGUCGCCGUUCUGCCGGGCUGCUGCUGCUUUGCGCGCUGCGGGGCCACACUGCGACCGCACCGAGGAGGAAGAGGAGGAAGCCGCGGACUGAAAGGGGGGCCAGCCUGAGCCAGAGCGGCGGAGAGGCACGAUCUAAACCAGCUGCAGCAGCAGGAGGAGGGCUCGAACGCGCCGUCAGCGCUCGGAUAAAAAAUCCCGGAGCAGAAGCAGCAGCAGCAGCAGAAGGCGGAGACGCGUCACACCGCGCUCUUCCUCCCUCCAUCACCGUGUCCGCUGCUCAGGGGAAGUGAAGAGGAGCUGAGCACGAAGAGGAAGAGCUCUCGUUGGGGGAUCUCGGAGCGCAGAACGACGAACGGCGCGGUGUGUGAAGCCUCCCCCCCUCCCCUCCCGGACCAGGGCCGAUAUACGUCUUCUAGCAGCGCGACACGAUGAAGGACCGCACGGCGGAACUGCGAAGCGCUAAGGACAGCGAUGACGAUGAGGAGGUGGUGCAGGUCGACAGGGACCACUUCAUGGACGAGUUCUUCGAGCAGGUUGAAGAGAUCAGAGGCUGUAUAGAAAAGCUGUCGGAGGAUGUGGAGCAGGUCAAGAAGCAGCACAGCGCCAUCCUGGCCGCACCCAACCCUGACGAAAAGACCAAGCAGGAGUUGGAGGACCUCACAGCUGACAUCAAGAAGACAGCCAAUAAAGUUCGCUCAAAAUUAAAAGCAAUCGAGCAGAGCAUCGAGCAGGAGGAGGGUCUCAACAGAUCAUCAGCGGACCUCAGGAUCCGCAAGACACAGCACUCAACGCUGUCACGUAAGUUUGUGGAGGUGAUGACUGAGUACAACACCACGCAGUCCAAGUACCGCGACCGCUGCAAGGACCGCAUCCAGAGACAGCUGGAGAUCACUGGGAGAACCACCACUAAUGAAGAACUAGAGGACAUGUUGGAGAGCGGCAAGCUGGCCGUCUUCACCGAUGAUAUCAAAAUGGACUCUCAGAUGACCAAGCAGGCUCUGAACGAGAUCGAGACCCGACACACCGAGAUCAUCAAGCUGGAAAACAGCAUCCGCGAGCUGCACGACAUGUUCGUGGACAUGGCCAUGCUGGUGGAGAGCCAGGGAGAGAUGAUUGACAGAAUUGAGUACAACGUGGAGCACUCCGUCGACUACGUGGAGCGAGCCGUGUCCGACACCAAGAAGGCCGUCAAAUACCAGAGCCAGGCCCGCAAGAAGAAGAUCAUGAUCAUCAUCUGCUGCGUCAUCCUGGGCGUGGUCCUGGCGUCGACCAUCGGCGGCACGCUGGGCUUCUAAGACGCUCCGCCAUCUGCCGCUGUGAUGACCGACACCGACCGACCGUCUGACCGCCAGCAGAGAAAAGAAACACCAACGACGACAACAACACAAAAACUUGAAUCACAAAUGCAAGACAGAUAACCAAUCAGCUAGGAGAGAUAACAAUCCAAUCACAGAUAGAGGAAACACGCGGGGGUGGGUCCAAAACACAAAGACAAAAAAAACACACAAUAAAAAUGCCAUCACAUAAAUAAUAGCUGACAAAUACAACGUAUACAAAAAGAGGGUACAGAUAAACCUAUUUAUUACAGAUGUACAUGUAAAUGUAUGAACAUAUGAAGCAACACAUGUUAGAACAUGUAAAAAAUGAUAAUAUGACAUUUACUUGUUUGUUUGUUUGUUUUGCUUUUUUUUUCUUAUUUUUUAACGGUUUCUUUCGUUUUCGGAGUCUCCGGACGGUGACGGUGCCGCCACUGGCCCGAGUUCUGCAGGACCAACGUUCCGCCUCCAAACUUUAUUAAGUUCCUGAAAUGUAUUUCUUAGUCCAGAUUCUGGAAGCUUCCAGAACUCUGCGCCCCAAAAUGUUCCGUUCCUGAACGCAGCACGGACAGAAGGAGCGCGAGCUUCUGGAACGCCAGAUCGUUGUGGAACGUCGUCCUGCAGGACGAGCGCCCGCCGGCUCUGGUAGAACCAACCUUGUCCCCGUGUUUCUGGGAGGGAGGGACCGACCUCGCUGUUGGCUCGCCACCUCUUUAGACCACCUCUCAUUGGUUGCUCACUCCUGUCAUUCACCUCAGUCAGCCUAUUAAAUUGGCCUCGACGGGCAAAGGCCGACCUGCCACCAUUAAAGAGCGGGCGGGACGGAGCGUGACACGCCCGCCCGCUGAGCUGCCAGCCGAUUGGUUGGUGGAGCGCCGUGUGGGGGGAGGGGGGCGUCAAUACGCCGUGGCAGGUGUCCACAACAACAGCCUCCCCUUCUGUCACACCUAUCUGACCAAAGAGCAGGGGGAGGGGCCUCCGGUUUUCUUGCUGAAUUCGAUUGGCCAGCUGCAGAAAACGUGAUGUUUGACUGACAGGUGAACGGUGGGGGGGUAGGAGGAAGGUUUAAAGGAGGGUGGGAGGAGUCGGAGGGUCAAUCUAUGCAGUUUAGAUGAGAGGAAGAAGACUCGUCCCGCCUCCUCCGCCCGAGAUAGCCAAUGAGGAUCGGGGUUCAGCGCACUGAAAGGCUCGUCGCGGCGUCCGCCGGGCGUCGUCUCCGAGCCGUCACAACUGUUCUUCCGGAAGAUUCUAAAAAAUGAAGAGAACACUUUAAAAAGUAAAGAAGAAAAAUGAACUAAAACAGGACAAUAAAUAAAACUAACAAACAAGCUCGACGACAAACGAGUCGGACAGAAGACGUAGAAGCCGAAGCUGCUGGCGUCGCCCUGGUUACCUGAGUGUCGUGGUUAUAUCGUUGCUUUCUGUUUCUUAAUGGGGAACGUUUGUUGCUUCGUUGUUCCGUGGUGCUGCUGUUUUAGUGCGUGCGUGCGUGACGUGUCCCGUGACGUAUCGGCCUGACAUCAUUUAGCGGUUACUGUUAGCCUGUAUGGUUUGAUGCAUCGUUUCCUCCCUGCGUCCCUCCAUCUCCUGCCUGAGUGUGUUUUGGGAUCGUGAUGUUUCAUUCACACCAUUUAAAUGCCUGAGUUGCACAGGUGCUACUGAACAGGUGAGGCUUUUCCUAUUGGUGGAUUUCCUCUGUGGAAGGUGGAACAUGUGACACACACACACAUUUACAUACAUUUACAGAAGAGCACGUGCAUGAACACCUCAUACACACCCUCACCGGACAGUCCACCUCUACAUACACUUCAACUUUCCCUGUGUUACGUCUCCGUGCUCGUGUUAGCCGGGUCGCUCUGCAUGCUGUAGCGUUAGCUUGUGUGACGUGUAGGUCGUGUAGAAGCUGCUUGUUGGAGCUUGUACAAGUUUUCUGCUCUUUUCUAUUGUCAGAGACGCUUCCUGUGUGUCGGAGCAGUGUGGAGGACGGACAUGUUGGAACAUCUGACCACGAGGUUCCUCAUUAGCUUUUUUCUAGCAUGUAAAGUAUCGAGUGUUUUACAAACAUGGAGCAGAACACAGAAUGUAAAUCUUUUUAAAAUGUUCACAGUCUUUAUCAGGUCGCGUUAGCAGUCGCUGUGUUUCUGCACAAAGAGUUCACUCGGCUCUCAUCAACACAAAUGACAGAAAGUAAAGCUAAUCUGAAACAGUAGAAAAUGUAACUCGUUAUCACAGUAAUCAGAGCACUGAGUGAACCUCGACACUGCUCCAGGCGGGUCAACGUGUGCGUCACAGUUCAGGACUUCGUAUGUUGUACAAGCAUGUUCUGUUUGGUUCCCGUUAACGUGGUGUGUGUGUGUUGAGAAGUCGAACGUGUGUGUUGACCCGACCCGGACACGCGGUUGCGUCCAACAGUCUUGUGACUCUGGCUUCAGAUUGGUUUAAGGAGGACGGGUCGUCUGCGUUCAGGCGCUGUGAUACGGAGGCUCGUCUCCUCUGUUGAGGCCGGCGCUGGACGGACCUGAGCCGUUACAUCACAAUCACUGUCAGGGGAACAACAACCACAAAGACUACCUUAAACUCCACGAAGUCCGUCUACACUUUACUCGAUGUCGAAGCAAUAAAGUCCGUUUGUUAUAGUUAAGUUUCAUUUGACAUGUUAGCUGCUAGCUUGCUGUGUCUAGACUCUACUGACAGACUGUGGAGCUGCCGACGUGAAACUGUUCUGGAUCAGAGAAGAUCUGGUUCUUUAAUAAAGAUCCAGUUUGCAGCUCUAUGGCUCUGAAAGACUCUGACGAGAAGCUAACGUGACGUUAGCAAACAAUCAAAGCCGUCACGGUGGCUGCUGGUCACAGAUACUCGCAGACACGAUGACGUAGUUGUUGCUUUGUUGAACUUGUGUGUUUUCUUGGGAGUCAUAGUUGUUAGCGCUGUUAGUCGUAGAUGUCGUGAUGCUGUGUAGUCGCUAGAUUAAAUAAAGGGCGAGGAUUCAGAGCCUCAGGUUUGGAGAAGAGCGGAGGAGGGAGUUUUUAUUUUGUUCUUUGACUUCCCAAAACCAAAACUUAACUUCUGUGUUCACCAAAGCUUAGCAAACACCCCGACCUGUCCCAGCAGCAAGAUCCAGUAGAUGUUUGUUGAAACUGAUCGUCAGUAGAUUUAGGAUGAUUUAGCACUUUUCUCUGCUGUUGUGUUGUCACGGCUACGUUCUGUCUCUGAGUGGUUUUAGAUGGUAGAACUCUGAAUCUGCUACCCGAUCGAUGUCACGUUUGCCCGUUAAUCAAAUGCUUGACUACGUUUCCCAGGUGUCUUUGGACUUCUUUAGAGCUCUGCUUCAUUUUGGAAAUCCAGGAAACUAAAUCGACUAGCCUGUUGGCUGUUUACAAAGUCAGUACAUUUAACCUUCACCAAUCACAGCGCCCCAUUCAUCAGACAUUACAUCACAAAGUCAGCCGCACAGUUUCAAUUCAGCUCCAUGUUCUCGAUGGUCGAUGGUUGUCAAGGUGACGUCACGGUUGUUGCAGCAGUCUUGCGAUGAUUCGGCGGUGAAGAUAAAUCAGCGAUGCGAGGAAGCCGUCGUAGCACCAGCCAGCUUGUUGACACUGAUGUUUCUUUACCAUAUCUUUGUUCGUUUUCUGUAAAGUUCCCGUUCCUGUCGGGUAGCCAUGAUUCCUGCGCUGCCGCCAUCCUCCCGCGACAGAAAACACGGACAAACAUCACCAAACCACAAACGCAUUAAAGUCAGUGAGGUGAAGGUUUGUCCGGGUGUUCGGUCCUCCGUCCUCUCGUCUUCCCUCUUUGUGUUGUAGUUGUUUGGUUGUACAAAAAGACGGCGUUGAGGUCCGGGAGCCUGACCCGCCCGUCCCGUCGUGUGUAAUAAUAAUGAUAAUAAUAAUAAUAAUAAUAAAAAAGGCAUGCAAAAGCGUUGUGGAGUUUGCAUGAUGGUGUUUUUUGUACCCCAACCCCGACCUGCCCCCCAUGUCGUGCACUUUACUGUUCACUGGACCGAUCUCUGGUUAGCACGUUAGCACGUUAGCUAACUGGACUCAUUCCUUCUCGAUCUGUAGUCUUUUAAAAAUGAGCACAUGUUGGCGCUUUCUUUGACAUUUGGAGCAGGUUGAUAUUUACAUUUUUAAACAUGGUCGCCCUCAGCAUCCUGCUUCCCUCCAUGACAUUGACCUCCACGCCUCCCGCUAGGUCGCCCGCCGCUCUUACCAGCGGAUAUGUGUUUGUUUGCGUUCCUGUUUUGUUGUCGUGGAGGAAACCUUCGUCCAGCGGCCCGUGUGUGUGAGCAUGCCUCCCUUCCUCCUCAGUGAAACAAGUGUGGUGCAUUAACGCGUGAGUGUGUGUGUUUGUGUCGGAGCAGCACGAGUUUGUUUUGAUGUGCGAAGCGCCGAUCGCAGGUCCACGGGUCGAUCGCAGGUCCACGGGUCGAUCGCAGGUCCACGGGUCGAUCGCAGGUCCACGGGUCGAUCGCAGGUCCACAGGUUGCAGCCGUUUGAUUAAUUCCACUUUGUUGUUUUUGGAAAUUGUGACCGAUGUGAAGAGAAAAGAGAUCAGACACAGUUCUGACACCAUGAUCACUGUUAUUAUUCUAUUUAUUGAAAUUCAAACCAAAGUGUUUUUUGCCCUCCCCUCAUGUGUUCUCAAAAUGUUCGCCGCUAAUAUCAAAGAGCACAACGCGAGUCAAGUUUACACUGAGAUGUUCGUCACAAAUGAUUAAAGAAAUCCAUCCAAUGCUACUGUCACUAUAGAAACAAAAGCCCAGCCCCCUGCCCACCACCAGCCCUCACUGCAUGUUGGUCUGUCCGCCAAUCAAACCGCUACGAUAGUUAUCUCACGCCACAACAACGAUGUCUGCCUCCACAGUCGCUCCUUUCCUUCUCACCUGUAGAUGUUAGAUUGUGGUCUGAUUAGUGGAAAUAUGACACAUAAUCAUCUGUGAAAAAGUUAGCAGACGUUCACUUCUCCUCCACUUGAGGUGUAAACGGAGACAACGGUGGUGCUUUCUUCUUCUCUUUGUUGAUUAAUUGCUGUUUUUCUUGUUACUUUGAUGGGGGUUUUUUGUACAGCUUGUUUAUGAGUCUGACUUCACACCACAGGAUCAGCGCUCCUCUGCAGGGCAGGGUUAGAGUUUGGCUAGCUAGCUUAGCGCACAUGGCUAACAGUCGACAGAAGCCACAUCUCCUCUCCAAAGUCUGACAUUACAAAUGGAAAUUAAAAAUUACAAAUUAACGGGGAAUAGUCAGUCAGGUAAACUACAAUGAAGCAGUGCCAGCUAACAAGGCUUUGCCUCAUUGUGAUCAUCAUGACUGACCGCACAUUUAGCAAUGAAACGUAAACAUGUGGAGAGUGUUUGGAAAGGUUAGCUAGCUAUCAAGACUGUACCUUUAAAUUCUCUAAACUGAAGACCUUGUCUCCUGUAAGCUAAUGCUAGUUAGCUAACAUUAGCCACGUGGGAUAAAGAGGUCGUUUAUUCUUCACUUCAUUAUUCUGACUCGUUCUCAUGCUAAUCUUUUAUGUUAUUUGCACUAAACCAAUCAGUAUAAAAGUACAUAUCUGUCCCAGCGGCUAGCUUAGCAUUGGACUGUAAAUGAUCUUAUGACGAGCAGUUCCAGCUCCCACAAACCUGCAGCGAGCCUGUUCCUGUGUGCGAGGACGACUGCAGCCUUGUCAACUGAAGUCACAUAUACGGAAGAAUAUAUAUAAAUCUUACACCAACAUACUGCGUUUCUAUAACUGUAUGUACGUGGCUGCGUAGCCAUUUCUGCUUCUGUCAGCUGUGUACAGUUUUUGUCAGAGCGGGGCGCAAAAAGCAGAAAAAAAUCAUCUGGAGAGAGUUUGUGUGCGACACCAAGACUCCAAAGAUUGACUUACCGUUAGCUGUUAGCUGUUAGCUGUUAGCUGUUAGCUGUUAGCGUGAGUGUGGAAGUAACAUGGCGUCUUGUUCUACACACAAGUGACUUAUAGUUCACCAUGUGGACUCAACACGCUCCAGUUGCUUCUUCAGACACGAACAGAUCCGAGCAGGACCGAGACGACCCAGUCAGUCAUGAUUUUUUGUUCCUCCUUGUCGGACGAUUAAACUCUUCUCUACGAUGAUUUUUGUCUUCCUGAAACCAUUUUCCAAAACCAAAACCUGUUCAGUGCCCUGCUCUGGAUGAUGCUCACCUGAGAUGUUUGUUUGUUUGUUGUGGCUCGACCUGCUCUCGUCAGCUGCGACUUGAUAUUGUUGUUUCUGAUUUGUUUUUAUGUGAAGCUCCGCCCACACGUCCUGCUGCUCUCCUAUUCGUCGAGACAGUAUUUCAGUUGAUCAGUGUUUUUUUCCCUAGUGGGAGGGGUGGGAUGAGUCAGGGGGAGGGGCCAUGAAGACAGACCACGCCCACAUGGUCUCUGCCAUAGCAAGUAGGAAGGACACUUAAAUAACAUUGUUAUUAUCAUUAUUAUUGUUCUUAUUAUUACCAUAAAUGACAAAUAAAAUGCAGUAAAACAUUUGCAAAAACCCAGAAGGAGAACGAACGGCUUCACACAAAGUGAUCAAACUAACAGAAACUUUAAAAAAGGAGGUGAUGACGAUUCUAUAAUAGCAAUGAUUUAAAGAAGUACAAAAGGAGUUAUGUUAUCAUAAAUAAUAGUAGUAAUAUUGAAUAUUGAAUGCUCGCAAUUUUGUCAAACUGAAACUGGAUUCUUUGUGUUAUGUAAUUAUUGUAAAUAACUUCAAAGAGAGAAAAAAUGACUUGCAUGUCUAUGUAUAAAUCUACUGAGAUAUCUAUUCCAGUCAAAGUUGACCAGAAGUUCGAUCUCUGUCCUUUUUUGACUUUCCCCUCGAACAUCGCCGGUCCUCGCCGCCACUCCUCGACUCGCCCGUGUCGUCCGUCCUCUUCUUAUCCCGUCGACGUGAUGAGAGACGACGGCAGAGAGAAAGAGAAACAUUCUUCCAGCGUCCUCAUCCGCCAUGAUCAGCUCAGAAGCUGCGUUCACACCAGACGCUGAAUCGCCUCCACGCCAAGAAAUUGUGCGUUUCCUCGCCGUCAGACACAAACCGAGGAACGCCGUCGUUGCUUUUCUUGUCUUGAGAAGUGUGUCAGCAGGUGUGAGCGCAGCCACGACCACACCUCCGUCAUCACCCCAGCUCCAGAGGCUCCGCCCACUGGCUCCUCUGAUGAAAGUGCUUCCCUCCAUAUUAGGAAAAUUAACCCCGCCUCCAGGGCUUUUCAGGCCGCGCCCCCUGACCUAAAGCCCUGUAAGCAGGUUUCCAAACUCUCUCUCUCUGUCUGACUCUAUGUCUCUCGCCCACAGCUAGCUAGCCAAACUACGUACCCAAAUCUUGUUCUCUCCGCCUGCCUGCUUCCCCAGAGAUUAGCCUGCACCCGUCAGAGGACAGACCUUCUGCUUGUUAGUAGCCAGAUCCUGUUCGCUUGCGUUAGCAUUAGCCUCAGGUUGCUAACAGUUUGACUGGCAUAAGCAGCUCAAUUUUGUUUAUCGUGACAAAGAUGUGUCGCAGCGCCGCGCUGCUUAUAUCCGUCAACACAUCCCAACGUUCAGCUUCAGAAGCAAGACGUUGAUUUUAAAGUCUGAACGCUCGGCAGACAUCUUGUCCUCGUCUUCACGUGAGCCCACUGCUGGAAACACAGAAACAUCGGCUUCCUGUUUCCUGAAUACAAGUUUAUCUGACGUGAUCUUUGUCUCCGGAUCAGGAACGCCAGCUUUAAAAUGCUUUGGGAACUUGUUUCUGCGCUCGCUCGGCCCUCCUGACUUACCUCAAAGCUCCACUGCCGUCUUCCUUCUACGUGGCCAUUCCAUCGUUUUGUCCUUGUGUGCGUCCUGCAGCAGGUCGUAGCUUCAGUUUCUCAAAGACGUCGAAGCGCAAAAGAUCAGAUCGAAGCUCUCGUUUCUCUCUGAAAAGGUUUUACCGAAGUUAAACAAAUGAUAUGAGCGUUGUCCGAGCGCAGCCUCGUGCCUUCGACAGGUUUGAGGAAAGCGGUCCCUCCAAGAGUCGCCACCGUAACUCGGCUGUCUCUCGCCUCCCACAGGCCUACCGUAACAAAGUGUGCAAUAUUCUGAGAAAAAAGGGCUUUCCUUCUCAUGCAGAGGCGUUCAGGCCCGGCCGCGACGCUCCCGCCUCCUGCAGGAACUCCACUGACAAAACCCGCCCAUUUCAGACGCCGUGAAUGCCGUCCGGAGCGUCCGACCCAGAGGACGUUAAACAUUAGAGAAGCUGUCUCGGGGGAAACGGCAGACGGGAGGUCAGAGAAGAUAUUUAGAUGUAAACUCUGAGCAGAAGAGGACAGAACUUCGCUCUGCAGACGCAACUUUGACCGGAAAUGCAACUUGUGUCCCGUUUUUUUUGUGUGUGUGUAUGUGUGCGUAGCGUAAUGUAAAAGCGAUCUGUCCCCCCCCCCCCCCCGAUGCCCCUCCCCUCUAAAAGAAACACCCUCCCCCUGCCUCCCCCGCCCUGUCCCCCCCUCCUCCCCCACUCUCGUACUGCUGUUGGCUGUUCUGUUUAGUUCAUGUGACGUGCCAGUAUUCCCCCCCGACUCUCCCCAUCUGCCCCUCAUCUCCCCCCCACUCCCCCCUCUCUCUCUUGCUCUCUCUCCCCUCCUCCUCCCCCCUCUCUCUCUCUCUCUUCAUGGAUCUUUAAGAUGACAACUCUAUGCAGAUGCUGUCUUUUAUAAGUGUGUCAAAAUUUUAAUUUAAAAUAAAAACUUAAAAAAAAACAAACCCUGACAGACAUAUUGAAAUGAUAACAAAAAAUGAAUAAAGAAAAGGAUUGUUCAGUGUAAA